GGACAUGACGUGCCCGUGGACAUGACAUUUUUGUUUUGAUUUGCUGAGCACAUCACCCAGCGCAUUGGUUUUAUUGUACAUGGUAAUGAAGAAAGCCGGCGCGGAUCCAAAAGUUAGGAAAACUUUUGUACGAAACUGUGAGCAAAAAGUAAAAAACAACCACAAAGUUGUUCAUGAUGUUGCGGGAUCAUCCAAAUCUAGUGCAGUGCAUUUAAUUAAACCUAUAGAUCAAGAACUUGAUAAACCCACGUUGUGUUCGAGUGAAGUUUUGGCAAAUUACUUAACUGACGCCAAGAACGCAUUACCGAGGGCUAAUAAACUUGAUGACUUGAAUCUAGAUAAAGCCCAACUUAGUAGUAAAGUGACAAAAAAAUUAAACUUCCACUUUAAUGACAGGAUAUACAAAAACUUAGUGGAACUCAACGCUGAUGUUGCCUUGUCGAAAAAUAAGAAAGAAAAGAAAGUAAAAACUAAUUUGGUGAAGAAGGAUCUAGAACCGAAUAUAGAGGAUUUCUGUCAGGAAGAGAAACGAGAGGAUGAGUUGCCGCACAUACCAGUAAUAAAGCCUAAAGUUAAACCUGUGAAGCGAAUUGAAUCUAGCAACUUACAUAAACUUGUUUCGUCUUUUGAAGUUUUAUGACAAAGAAUAAACAUUAGCAUAUUAUGUUUUUAAAUUUAAAACGUAAAUUUCUCAAAAAAUAUUACAUAAAGAUAUUAUGUCUAUUACCUUGAAGACAAUAUAAUUUUGUAUCAAAUUGAGUUCUUGUAGUUAUUACAAAAAUUGUGAUUAAAUGUACAAAUUGAUGUAAAUAAAUAGAUAUUGAUUUCUUGAA